UGCUACGUUCCUGCAAAGUGCAAACCUGAUCUUAGUUCAAACUUACAAGACCUCUUAUGUUCACACAAACCUGAUCUUAGUUCAAAUCUGGAACAAAACAAAGUCAGUCCAGCUUGAUAUCAUGUCUUGAAGCUCCGAAGGUUUCGUCAUCAGGGGAGAAUUAAUAUUCACUUGAACAGACCAAUGGUUUGCAGAAACCCAAGUAUUGAGCUACAUGAGCUGCCAGAGGAAUCACCCGAUCAAUCUAACACCACAACCAACGAUGAAGCAUCCUUGAACCUUGGAUCAUUGUCAAGAGAAAUAUUGCAACAAGAUUCAGGAGAGACACAAAUAGUGCAUGAAACCAGUACUCAAGAUCAACAAGAUUUUAGCAACAAUUACCCCAAGAACAAGAGCAGUGUUAUUAUAAACACGGAGAUAAUUUAUGUGGAUGAUGCUACAAGCAAGAUACUUGAUGUAGUUACUAGAGAGAAACAAGCCUGUACUAAGCGAAGGAGAAAUCGUAAAAGGGAUUCUAUUACACAUGAUACCAUCCAACAACAUUUUGGAAAACCAAUAGGGGAAGCUUCCAUGAGACUUGGUGUUAGCCGUUCUACACUAAAGCGUGUUUGCCGUGAGUUAAAAAUACCCAGUUGGCCAAUGCCGCAUCGCAACAAGAAAUAUGCUCAUUUUGGUAUAUCUGUGGUUGUGCUUCUACUAGUAAGGGUUAAGCGGUGGGUUUGUUCGAGCAACCAUCAUGGAUUUUCAGCUAUGUGGUGGAUUUGUGGCAAACAUAAUGCUUUUGUUUGCGAAUCAAAUCCAUUGGCUAAAAUUACACCUAAAGGCGAGACAAUUUGUAGGCUACCCUAUUACGCACAACUAACUAGUGAAUCCAUAAAUACGAAUCCCUUUUCCAAGGCUUCACAAGCACAUUUAAGUGUAUCCCCAAAGAAGAAGAGGGUGGUUAAUGUCUCAGAUACAAGGAUGGUGACAGUGAAAGCAAGUUUUAAAGAUGAUAUAAUUAAGUUUGAUUUUCCUCUUUCAUCAGGAGUGUCGGAACUAAAAAACCAAGUGGCUCAAAGGAUUAAGUUAAAAAGUACACGACUUCGUCUUAAAUACAGGGAUGAAGAUGACGAUCUGAUACUCAUUUCUUGUGAUGCCGACAUCCGUAACCUUAUGCCACUUUCAGCUUCCUCAGUUUGUAAAAAGACCAUAAGAUUAAUCGUCCAAAUGACAGACGAUUAGUCUUUAAACAUUAUCUCUAAACAAGUGUGGAACGCAGAUAUCAAUUCUUCUUGUUCUUUAUUUUAUGUUUUGUAAUAUAUAUUUGUGGGAAGGGAGACGUCCUUCUAGCAUUCGAUUUGGUCUAUGUUAUUACUAGGUUAAUUUCCCGUGUGUUAUACGGGUUGAACAAUUUAAACUAUAUAAUAUUGAUAUUUCCUGUAAGACUAUGGGUAAUGGUUAAUGCCCCUUAAGAGUCAUUUUUUGCCA